AUGGGCAUGUUUUCGGCAGGCACGGUGAAUAUCUUGACCGAUAGGCCAUCGGAGGAGUACACCUCGCUUGAGGUCCAGGAAGUACCGGCUCUACCGCCGUUGUCACUGCAAGCCGCCAGACGGGCCAUGGCAGAGUGGGGAGGCUUGCAAUACAAGAAGAAGGAAUUCAACAACAUUCACCUCUUCUCGGCUGGGGUACCCCGGCUUCUGGAGGCGGCUUUCCAGACCUGGGGUGAGUUGGCAUCAACUGCUCAGGUUGCACUCAAUGCCAUGUCGCAGAAGUUCAGAAGCUCGUAUGCGGAUGCAGCCCCCUACUUCCGUCAGCCAGAAGUGGCUUUGGCGUUGGUUCUUUGCUCGGCGGUUCGAUGGCCUGCAGAAGGCCACCAGCUUGUGCCCGGAACCUCAGCGAGGUGGUCAGACAUCUUCAGGGCCGGAGCAGCAUUUCCAAACAACAAGUCCGUACUGGUUCCACGGCUGUGGUGGUGUGAGGAUACCAAUAUCAAAGACGCCAUCCGAAACGAUUUGAAAGAGCUGAACAUUGACCUGGAGGGGCUCCUGCCAGAUUCCUUGCAGUUGCUCAACAGCCCAACAAGGGGUGCCACUGAAAGGGGGGAGAAGUGGGAAGAGCUGGUUGCAAAUUCCCUGGCAGCGCGGUUCCGCCUUCACUGCAUAGCAAGAAACCUGAGUGCUGAAGUCACCUGGGUCCCUUUUUUGAAGAUCUACCCUACGGAGGAUCCACAUUUGCGAGCUGUUUUGGAGCCUUUCGAAGUUUGCUGGAGUGAUGGUGUGGAAUAUCCAAGCGGCCAAGGCAAUGAAGCAACUGUCAUGAGUGACGUUGGGAAGGCCAUCAAGUCCAACCGGAAUUUUGCAACGGCUCACCACGACCUUUUGAUCCCCGUGAGAUGCAAGGCAACUGGUAAGCUCGAGUUCAUUGCUGCGCAUUGUCGUUGUGGACAGAAAAAGGAUGCAGGCGGCCUGAAGUUGCAGGACAAGGCGAAGAAGGACAACUUUGAGGACAUGCAAAAUGUGUUGCUGCAGAUUUGCAGUGAGUCUGAAGGCUGGCAGUCCUUUACAAACAAGACAUGGGCCAGACGUCAGGAGGAGAAGAAAUACUCUCUCAUGAGUUGCGAGACUAUCAUUGCGCAGCUGGACGUGCUGAAGCUUUUGUGA